CAACUGCAGAGUGCCCUGAACGAAAAUAUAUUUCCGCGGGGUUUUACACAGAGACACCGAAACCUUACCCUACCCUCUGCCUCUACGGCCGCACAAGACAGACGACUCUGCUGUCCGGCACGGGACCGACGUCAAUUCAUUUUCCUACGUCGCUUUGCGCCUCCGUAUAGUGAGGGCCCGAAAUGGAAACAGCCGUUUCCCCGCGUUUUUGCAGAAAAACAGAAGCGGUCCAACCACUCCUCGCGGCACGUGUCUUGCUCCGCUGAAUGCGAGCCUUGCUCAUCUAGGCAAUCCAGCGAUCCGGUCUACUCAGCGCGUCAAGUGCGCUGGCCAGUCACGAGACCGCUCGAGGUCUAGGGCACCCGCCGUUUCAAAGAUACCAUGAGACGUACAAAAAAUCGGAUCAAACGCUAGCCUCGAGAAAUGAAUUUCUUUUCUCUCGCCGGUAAGACUCUUGAGAACACGAUUUAGGUGCUUUGUCUCCGUUGUCAGCUACAUCAUGGCUGCCUCUGCCACCGACGAGAGUCCCUGCGAUUUCAAAUGCUGUCCUGGCACCAGAAUUUUUUUCGGUUUCGUGAACGCCGCCGCUAUAUCGGAGUCGAGGGAAGAGAGUAAAACAGACGUGCCGUGGUUUUCAGUCGCUGGUCAAACGGUUUCAACUUGCGCGACGAGCUCAGACUGCCAGAGUCGCCACACGAAAGACGCAUCGUCGCAUCGUGUCCCCUCUGCUGUGCCUUGCCCCCCGCCGGUUGCUGACCGCGCAGGUGCAUGCAGCCGGACAGAAGCGUCCCGUAGAAGAAGUCGCCUGCCUCUAGCUUCUUCUUAG